CUUGUAACUAGGUCCUUCCUACAUGUAUUCGACUGAGCUCGUGCCGGGCCUUUCUGAGCAAUGUUUACUUGUUCGGCCUGUCUGCUAUGGGCAUUUCGAUCCCUGACCGUCGAUCUUACUACGACCCCUUCGUGUUCACUCCGUACAACGGCCAUCUUCCGCCGCAACCAUGCUACUCUCCAGUCUAUCCAGCAAGGCCAUCACCGGAGGCUCCUCACGAAAACCCUGCGGACGGAGAAACGGAUCAAGGGCCCGUCGUGGAGAGGCGAGCCUGCCGUCGCGAGAGCCUCCUCCAGAGAUGCCGAGGCGAGGAAGAACAACCGUCUCCGUCUCAUGAACAACCAUGGCCGGACGGAAGUCCAACAAAAUGCGAGACGGGAACUGCAAUACCUGAGCGACCCGUUGAAGCUAGCUCAGACUGUCGCGGACAAGCUGAGGGAUUCCAAGUUUGAUGCGGCUUUGAACCUUGUCCGCGAGAGUGACAAAGGGGUUGGUGUCUCCCGGGUGAAUAUCGACAAUACGGUCAGUUGGAACCAUCUGAUCAACUGGCUGAUGCAACAACGAAGACCCAAAGAUGCAUGGAAAAUCUACAACGAGAUGAAAAAGCGAGGCCAUAAGCCUGACGCACAUACCUAUACGAUAAUGCUAAGGGGUUACCGAGAAAAUUACAAGCAACCGGGUGUCGUCGAAGACGCCAUCAAGGUUUACAACUCCAUCGGCGCCGCCAACUCAGCGGUCAAACCGACCAUUAUUCACACCAACGCGGUCCUCAAUGUUUGCGCCCGAGCACUUUUUAUUGAUUCUAUGUGGGUGAUUGCUGGGAAACUCCCGGAGCAGGGGCCUGGUGCCCCCGAUCACAUCACCUUUACGACCAUCAUGAAUACCAUCCACUCGGAAGUUCGACACCGUGCGGUGAAGCUGGGGGCGAGUUCACCAGAUCGCGAGUACGACCCUCAGCCGAUAUUCGAGGAAGCCGUAAAUGACGCUCGAAACCUCUGGACCGACAUUGUGUCUCGAUGGAGGAGGGGUCUUUUGCAGCUUGACGAACAACUGGUCUGUGCCAUGGGGAGAAUCCUCCUGCUGUCUUCCGAACCCAAGGCUUACGAGGACGUACUAAAUUUGGUCCAACAAACCAUGAGCAUUCCCCGCUUUGCAGGCGAUCUUACCCCUGAGAAGGAAACCGAAGACCGGCGAAUGCUCACGGCCGGCGCGACCGAUGAAUCUGAAGAGGUAGCCCCCUCGUCAACCGAUAUUACCCUCAGAACAGUCCAGUCGAUGCCAAUUGCCAACAUCGACUCUUCUAUCUACGCUGCGCCGGGCAAGAACACACUCUCAAUGCUCUUGGAGGCCACUACCGCUCUUCGACAGAUUGGUGCCGGAAAAUACUACUGGCAACUACUCACCUCACCAAAGGGCCCUUACAAGCUAGAGGCCGAUCGAGCCAACAUCAUUUCGUACAUGCGUCUACUUCGUGUCUCCCGUGCGAGUCAGGCAACACUUGACCUGUUGCUGCAGCCACGGCCAGCCGAUGUCCAGCAGCAACUAAUGAGCCGAGGCACGUUUAUCAUUGCCAUGAGUACCUGUUACCGAGACAAGAAGAACCCCAACGUGUUCUCGAUCGCGAACCGCAUCAUUAAGCUGAUGGAAGACAGUGUUGAAGCAAAGGCUUCAGAAGACGAGAACCAAGGCAUCUGGCUGAAGUUUGCACCUUCGGUGCUUGAGAAAUAUUUGCAGCUGGCCAUGGCGACCACGAAAGGACUUGAUGGUGAAGCACUGACGAAGACCAAGGAAGGUGAUCUGGACUUUGAGCGUGAUCCUUCCAAAAACAAUACAUUUGUGGCCUUGGAAAAGUUGAAACCCGAGGUCACGAACGUUAUGCGCUUGAUCAAAUCCCACGUCACCGAGCUUGAACGGCUCCAAGAUGUGAAGGCCCGCACCAAGAGUGUCCAGACAUUGCUGGAUAAACGCAGGAUCACACCAUACAGUGUGAUGGAGAGCGUGGGCCCAAUGGUUGACUUUUUAAGAACUGUCAUUGGCGCAUAUGACAAGAUCUUGCGAGUCAAUGAGCGGCUGGAGGAUGAUGGAAUGGGUCCCCUGGAUUCUUCCAUCAUCGAGGAGUGCUGGUCGAAGAAGCGAAGACUCGCGGCGUUCUUGGGGAAAGUCGAGAGCAUGGUUGAUCAGAGUCCACCUGGGGAGAAGACGACCAGGCCAGCAUCACGCACAGCGGCUUGGGAGGAUGAAGAAGAUGGCAAUGAAGGAGAUGAUGGUGCCGGCAACCGCCGUCUCGACGACCAUUACGGACAGCGAGCAAGAACACUCAAAUCCAUCAAGGCGGUCCGAUCGAAAGUGGAGAAGAAGAGGGAGGAGAGGAAUCUCUCUAGAAUCCAGAAGCGUGAGUUGGUCAAGGAGGAGAGAAUCCGGGCACAAUUUCCAAAGAGUGUAUUGCGACCGAACCAGGAUCAGGGACCUCCACGAAAGAAGAAGUUUGAACUCAAAGGCAGUAACAAGGAGAAGAAGGACUACGAGGGCUGGGGCAGGGGUUUCCAAGAUCUGGCAAAACGUAGCGGAAGAGGCGGCUUUGUUGAUCUAGAGAGAUGAUGUCGUGUCGCGCGGUGUCCUUUGUAUGAUAUUGACGGGGUUGUGUAUGCUUUUUGGUUGCAUAGCGAUGGCGUCUUUCAUAUAUACCUAUAUACCAAGGGACUGUAUGCAUUUGUGAGCAGCCGGAGCAGCCUCUCGACUUCAAC